AUGGCAGACAAUGCCCCCCAUUCUUCGUGGCAUCCUGCUCUGAGGUCUCAUAACAGCGAACAUGAUGUCCCAGUAGCCACUACGGCACAACCACCACCUGCUCCAGCCGAAGCCGACAAUCAUGAUGCCGACUUCUUCGAUCGCAUUCCUGCUGAACACGACCAAUCUAUCGCUGAAGACGCCGAACUUGCAGAGCCUGUUGAGCAGUCAACCGCUGGAACACUGCAACCUUCGUUCAUCCAGGACCACAAGCUUACCGCAGAAAGCCCCGAAGCCUCGGCACCAGUUACACACGAAUAUCAACAAGACACACAGGCCGAACUCCAACAUUCCACCGAGUCGCCGACAUUGAUACCUGAGCCAACUCAUAACUUGCUCGAGAACGCUUACAAUCCUCCGCACGACCAAGUCCACGGCUUCGAUUCUGAACCUGUCGCUGAGCCUGCACAACUGCCAUCGCAAAAGCCCGCGCGCUCCGCCGUCGACGAAGCCUUCGGAAAGCUGGACGAGGAAGAGUCGGAAUCUAUCAGAGAACAGUACGAGUAUCAAGGUCACACUACCGCUGCCGACGAUGCUGUCGACGAAAGCGACGAUGCCCCUCUGAUGCAGGAUGAGGAGGUUCUGCCAACCCCCGGUUUUGCUACAGACGCCCCUGCCAUCAAUGCCCACGAUGUCCCCUUCGACUCUGUCCACUCCGAUCCCUCAGCAGUCGCUGCAGCUGCAGAACAUGUUUACGAAAUGUCUACCGAGGAUCCAUCGUCACAUGAGCCUGCCAUUGAAUCGCAUUCAUUCGACGAGCAAGAUGUCGAGACCUCAGCAACUUCUCAGCCUCUAGAGACCUUGGAGGAAACCAAGGAAACUUUGCGACAAGUGGCUGAAGAGCCUAUCGAGGAACCAGCCCAAGUGCAACCUCAAUCCUCGACUGCUUUCGAGUGGGGAGAUGACGAUCAGACCGACGACUUUGGAGCUGUUGUAGGCAAUGUCACAGCAGAAGAAAACAAUGUGGAUUCGGACAAUCUCGUGGCUGGAAGUGGCUUCGUUGCUUCUCAGGCAACUGCUGUAGCUCAAGCUUUGCAAGAGCAAAAAGAUCAAGAUGACCCUGCCACAAACGAGAAGAGCGAGGAAGAUCUGGCUGCCAUGUGGUCAGCUGCAUUGGAUGACGACGAUUUCCUCGACGACAACGCUGUGGAUCCCAGCGGCUUCUUCGAUGAUGAUGGUGAAGGCUUCUUGGACGACUUUGACACAACUCCCGCUCCAGCUCAGCAAGUUCUGAGUCCCGAGCAAGCACUCAGCCCUGGAAUUGCUCCUGUCUUGGAUGGCCAAGGAAACACGGUCGGUUUCACAAAGCUUGGAGGCCCGCAAGAACAGAUUAAUGCUCCUGCGAAUCCCUACUCUCCUGCAGCCCAGCAGCCAAAUCCUUACUUGAGUUCAGCUUUGCCAUCUGUGCCUUUGUACAACCAGCAACAGCAACCCGUCCGACCAGCCUUGAACAAUGCGCAAAGCUUUGCCGACAAGUCUAAAGGUGGCUACUCCUCUCCCUAUGACUUGCCCGAAGAUAUUGUUCAGCCACGUAGGCGUCCGGCUGCUGCUGCUGUACCUACUCAGUCUAGUGCUCCACCUCCUCCACCACGCAGUAGCAGUAUGCAGUCCGUCCCGCCAAGUGGUCCUCCACCGUUAUCACGCUCUGCAACUGCGGCUCCCUCGGCAACAAUUGCAUCGCCUCCCAUGAACCAGUCUCCCAGCGUCGCAACCUUGCCGCCGAAACCCUCUACUGCUUCCGGUGCCAACAGAUCUGCUUCUGGCUUCUUUGAGGAGCUACCCAUGGCGCCAAAGCCUCGCAAUAGGCCCUACACUCCAGCUGUCACUGCACCUUCCCCUGCUCAGAUUGCUGCUCAGACCCCUCCACAAGGACCACCCAUCCGUCCACCAUCUCGACCCGCAAUGCCUCCGUCCUCUGCUUCCACAAAUUAUGGCAUCUCAGACUUCAGACAGCCAGAAAAGCUACCUUUGUUGCCUGACUUGCAAGCUGCACCUCAGCAGCUAGAGCCACCUCAACCCACUGGUCCCCCGUCGAGUUCGAGAUACUCACCUGCCGCUGUUCAGCAAGCUCCCUCAACAGCAGCGCCUCCCCCAGCAACUGGUCGAUUCUCACCAAUGCCGCCGCCUGCUCCAUCAGUAAAUCCCCGCUAUUCUCCUGCUCCACAAGCUCAAGCCCAGAAUCAAGCACAGAAC